AUGUUUUCUAUGCUCAAGAUAGGUUCCAUGCAUUCAGAUUUUUUUAUUCCAAUUUUGUUGUUUCAAACAAUUGAUACAGAUUAUACAUUCACUAAAAUUAGUCAAUUUCACAAGAGAAUCAAUAAAUCGAAACUUGCCAUGUUAAAUACCAUUUUAUUACCAUCUUUGAUGGAAUCAGAUUUAUUUAAUUUUGAAGUUGCUUACUUCCAGCCAACAGACAAUUUAAAGGCUGAGAUUUUCAAUUGUUUGAUGAAAAGGACAGAUCUGGUAUUAAAAGGUAUCAACCAUAGACUAAUGGAUAAUAAAGUUUUACUUGAAAAUAUUACCCAGUAUUUAGAGAUGUAUCUAAACUUGAGGAUUAGAUUAAUGAACUUAAAAUCUGAAAGAUUUAGCUACUAUUCCCAUCAUGAUAUUACUAAAAUUUUUGAAGAAAACACUGUAUUGGACAUUAGAGGAGAAAAUGAUAACAUGAACUUACUUAAAGGACCUGAUGAAAACCUAGAAAAUGCAACAAGAGAAGAUAUUAUUCUGGAUAUAAGUGAUCAUUUCAUUUCACAAAACUAUCAAAACAUUUUGUCUAAAUAUGUCAAAUAUUUUGUGCAUGGGGAAGAUAUGGAAUGUGAAAAAUGUUUAGAUAAGUUCAUUACAAAAAUUAUAGUGGAAUUAGAAGUACUGAUACUGAAUAUUGAUUCAGAAAAGUUGAUGGAGUGUUACAAAAUGAAAAAAAAUGACUUCAGAUUGGCUAUCAGCUUUAAAAUUGAGGAAAAAAUCACUUCUUUCAAAUCACUUCAUUGGUCUAAGAUAAAAUUUAUUCCAUUGCAAAAUUUAAUCAAUUUUUCAAAGUUGUCCCCAAAUGAAAAAUCAGCUAUAAUGAGUAUUCUUGAAGCACCAUCUGUUAAUUAUCAUUAG